AGCGUCGCUACUACUCGUGGCGUGCCUACAACUUAGCUGGAUCUAUUACGCGCACUUUUCACGACGACGUUUCAAAAUAUAAUAUUCUAUUCCUCAUUUUUUUUUUUUCUGUGAUUUUUGAAAAAUUUAAUUAAUGAGAAAAUUUUUUUUCUUCUUUUGUUUCAGUCAAGUGUCGUGGUAAAGAAAUUAUAAAUUUUUUUUUUUUCCAAGAAAAAUCGAAAGUUAAUAUACUCGUGUGUGUGUGUGUUUGUGUGUCUCUCUCUCUCUCACUCCCUCUUUUGCACUCUCGAUCUCUCCUGAUUCUGGCGUGCUUUUCAUAACCUCAAAUUGCACAGUGUGGUGUGUGCGCGCGCCAAAUCUUGACAUUUUUUUUUUUUUUGUUGAGACAACAAAAAAAAAUUUGUCACGUGUAUCAAAUGUGAUAAAGAGUGAUAAUUAAAAAAAGUGAUUUGAAUUUUUAAAAAAGAAAGUUUUUCUCGCGUGUGAAUUUUGGAGUUUAAAAGAGAUUUUAACAGUUAAUAAAAGUGGUGUGUUUUGUGCAUUUAAGAAAAAAAUAAUAGUGUUUCAAGAAAGUGUUUUUUCGUCGUUGAGAUUCUUUGUGGAUUGAAAUUACAUUGCCAGUGGAUUUAUUUGCCUACCUAUUUUUUUGGUAGGUUAGUAGAUCAUCAAUAUAAUUAUAAAAAAAAAAAGUGAAGUUUUCCUAGGAAAGUUGAUCAUCAAAUAGCAGACAGGAUGAUGAUGACAAAUCUUCCCCCGGUUAUGUUGCCAACCUUACACGAUUAUGGAGUUUUGACACCUAAUCUUGGAAUAAAGAGGGGCAGCGACGAACUUUUAUCACAAAGUGGCGCAGUCAGUAAUGGUUCAGCGAUGAGUCCUCAACCACAUCACGCCGCUGAUAACAACAACGAUGCCAAAAAGGCUAAAUUGGAUAAAACUCAUAAUGGGAAGCCAUCGAGAGUGAUUCACAUCAGAAACAUCCCUAAUGAAGUGUCUGAAACGGAAAUUAUCCACUUGGGCGUUCCAUUUGGUCGAGUCACCAACGUUCUUGUCCUCAAAGGCAAAAAUCAGGCCUUACUGGAAAUGGCAGAUGAGGUAUCUGCAGCAACAAUGGUAACAUUCUAUGGCUCAUCUGUUGCACAAUUGAGAGGACGUGCAGUUUAUGUUCAAUUCAGCAAUCAUCGGGAGCUCAAGACUGAUCAGGCCCACAACGACGCGGUCAGUAGUCCCACAAACAUCAUCGCCAACCCGACGAACAACACGGCUCUGCAAGCUCAAGGACAAGUUGGACAAGUUCAGGGUGGAGAAACGCAAGGAGGACCAAAUACCGUCCUUAGGGUCAUUGUUGAACAUAUGGUCUAUCCAAUCACUCUAGAUAUCCUCUAUACGAUAUUCACACGCUUCGGCAAAGUUCUGAAAAUUGUUACCUUUACGAAGAACAGUUCGUACCAAGCGCUCAUACAAUAUCCGGACAUGCUUUCGGCACAGGCUGCUAAAUUCUCUCUGGACGGUCAGAAUAUCUACAAUUCCUGUUGUACAUUGCGAAUUGACUACAGUAAAAUGCAGAAUUUGAAUGUCAAGUACAAUAACGAUAAAUCGCGAGACUAUACGAAUCCAACUCUACCUACUGGUGACGCAAAUUUAGAUGUUGCAUCUCUUGGACUUGGAGGUGAACUUUUACCUCAAUUACUUCUUGGAGCAGCUGGUACACAGCCACGUGCUAGAUUGCCUGUAGAGUCCAUUGCAGGCGCGCCGAGCGUCUUGGCAUCACCAUUUGCCGCAAUGCACGGGCUUCCAUCGCCCUUGACAGGACACUACAAUGGAGUUGCUCCCGCGGCAGGUCUCGCUGGUUUAGGAGGAUUUGCCCUCAGUGCCGGUGCAUUGGGUGUUCGAGUACCCGGUAGUCCUCAACCAUCAUCAGUUUUACUUAUCAGCAAUCUCAACGAAGAGAUGGUCACGCCUGACGCUCUCUUUACCCUGUUUGGUGUUUACGGGGAUGUACAGCGUGUGAAAAUCCUCUACAACAAAAAGGAUUCUGCCCUCAUUCAAUUGGCCGAGCCUCAUCAAGCACAUUUAGCGAUCACUCACAUGGACAAGCUGAAGGUGUUUGGUAAGCCGAUUAGAGUGAUGUUGAGCAAACAUCAGACAGUCCAAUUGCCACGAGAAGGACAACCUGAUGCAGGUCUCACCAAGGAUUACACAAACAGUCCUCUGCAUCGAUUCAAGAAACCCGGCUCUAAGAAUUAUCAGAAUAUUUAUCCACCAAGCUCAACGUUGCAUUUAUCGAACAUUCCAGCGACUGUUUCCGAAGAACAAAUAAAGGAAUCAUUCACGAAAAAUGGUUUCACUGUGAAGGCUUUCAAAUUUUUCCCCAAGGACAGAAAAAUGGCGCUUAUUCAAAUGGCAAGCAUGGAUGAUGCCGUUUCAGCUCUGAUUAAAAUGCACAAUUUCCAGUUGAGCGAAUCCAAUCAUUUAAGGGUAUCGUUCUCAAAGAGCAACAUCUAACAAGAGAGACCGCCUUGUGAGCCACAGUGGUUCCAGCCCUAUGCCCUUUACCACUAUUGGUACCCUAGUGCCGUAUACGACUGAUAGACUGGCUGCUCGGAUUGAUUUAACAUGAUUUUUUCAAAUCGUCAUCAUCGCAGUGAGUCUUGGUGCUCGGAAAACAAAAACAAACAAAAAAAUAUACCCAUAAAAGACUUCAUCCUACAAUAUCGUUUUUUGGAACCGUUCCUCGAAUGUCAGCCGACGGUUUCACUAAGCCACUGUUUAAAAAAUAAUAAUAGCCCAUAAUUAAUCAACCUAGGGUCAAAAAAAAGUUUAGGGCUGGGAAUUUAAAAAAAAAACCUGCCAUUGGAGACAGGAACGAGAAAACUCAAAAAAAGUGUUUUACAAGACAGACCUGCGCAUCAGAGCUUCAAUUUAAAAAAACCGGAAAAUUCAAUCGUUAUCAUCAACAGAGCCGUAUCUUCUCGUCCAUUUCAUCAUAAUACGAAUAAUUUUCGUAUAUUUUCACAAAAAAAAGAAGAAUUAAUAAGAAAAUAAAAGAGAAGGAAAAAAAAGCUCUGCUGACAGUCCUGAAUACUUGUACAGAGUUAACGUAUAUAAUAAUCCUAAGAUAAAUAUAUUUUACAAGCGUCACGCUGGCCGUUCGCGACGGGAGAAAUAAAAAAAAAAACUACUCUCGCCGUUAUCGGCAAAAACAAACUACAUUGAUAUAUAAAUAUAUAUAUAUAUAAUGUAAGAUUUAAGAAUUUUUUCAAGUUAGUUGAAGUACAGGCAAAAACUUUACUCGUAGGAUAGGAGAGAAAAUAAAAAAAAAAUUACACACAGCCAAUCGACAAAUUGUGUGUCGAUAACUGAUGAUUUUUUUUUUUUUAGAUAGUUUCUCGAUUUUUACGAAAAAAAAAAGAAAAAAAAUCGAGAGUGCUGUAUUAUUUUCCAAUUCCGCCACGUUUCUCGUCAUCGAUUCGUGUUUAAUUUUUUUCAGACUUUUUUUUCCGUGACUUUUGAAAAGAAAAAAAAAAAAAAAAAAUAAUAAUACCCCUUGUAAGAAAGGCUGUGUCUGAAGGCGCUUUAACGUGGCGGGCGAGGAAAACACAAGUAAUUAUUAACAUUUAAGAGUUAAAAUAAGCCAAUGUCAUGGGACCCUUUGCGAGGUGCUACUUCCAACUUCGUCGACAAAUCGUUCCUCUCACGAUGCCUCCAUGAAAAAAAAAAUAAUAAUAAUAAUAAUAAUAAUCAUCACGAGAGGAUCGAUAUGCUCGUAGAGAAGCGAAGUGAUUUCCAAGUUGGUCACUAAGCGUCCUGGACGGUAUCAACGGCGAUCGAAACUGAUCUCUCGAAAACGAACAUUCAUUUCUUCAUUUACAUUUAGUUUUACUAUUUGCAUUUACAUUAUAUUUACAAUUACAUUUACAAUUUAAUUUACAAUUAUAUUUACAAUUAUAUUUAAAAUUAAAUAUACUACAUUUACUAUAUUUACAGAAGCAAAACGAAGUUGAUAAUAGUUCUGAAGAAUUCUGACAUAAUUGAAUUUUAAUUCAAAUUACAUUAAAGAUUUAUUUUUAAUUUAAAAUUAUUUGAAAACAAAAAAAAAACUUCAAUAUUUUAAAGUAAAAUUCAAGUAUAAAUUGAAGUUCAAAAUAUUAAGGUAAUAUUAAAAUUCAAAAUAUUAAAAAUACCUCAAUAUUUCCCAAAAAAAAAAUACUUCAAAUCAACUUGAAUAACAAAAAAAUUGCUUCAGUAUUAAAAAAUACUUCAGUAUUGAAAUUAUUUCAGUAUGAAAAAAAAAUGGAUUAGAGUAAGAUAAAAAAUAAUUUAAAAGAUUGAAGACGUUUUCGAGGGAGAGAGGCUAAACUUGAAUUGACUGCGAGUUAAUAGACUUUGAAUGUAUGAAUACCGAAUCUUGUUUUCUUUUCUAAUUUUUCUUUUAUUUUUUUUUUUCUACGUUUGUAAAUAAAAGACUCGCCGUUUCGAUUGUUCCCGAAGCUGUCUAAGUCGCGAGGGUGUUUAUUUUUUUAUAAUUUUUAUCCUUCAGUUUUUGACGAUAAGUAUUACAGACACGCACACAUCGCUACGAGCAAAAAAAAAAAAAAAAAAAAAACUCGAACACAGACAACGCACAUACAAAGGACACUAGACACGUUUCCUUAGUUUUUUUUUCUUUUUUUUUAUUAAAUUAGAAAUUUAGGAAUGCGUAGAGCUAACUAUUGAUAAGUUAGAUUAUAGAAGAAGGAAGGAGGAUUGAACGUUUUGAACAUAUCGCUAUUACGAGUUUCUACGUGCGAACGCGCAUUACUUUGUUGUCGGGAAUUUUCGUUUGUGUCGUACUGGUAAUGAAAAAAAUUUUUUUUUUUUAUAAAAAUUCAAAAAAUUUUGAAAAAUUUCAAAAUGUGAUUUAAUUGUUCAAAAAUUGGUUUUGCAAAAAAAAAAAUAAAUAAAAAUUUAAAAAAAAAAAAAUUGUGUAAAAAAAUUUCCAAAAAUUCCCAUCGACACAGCGAGGAAUCCCUGUAGGAGUGUCGACAAAACGAUAAAAUGGUACCUAGGGAUCUAUUGUAUUUCAAUGUUAUUAAAAAAAAAAAUUGUCGCGAAGACUUUGUAAAAAAAAAAAAAAAUUGACGAUGGUUUAAGCGUUGGUCGACAGAGCGUGGUGUGAAAAUUGACCAAGAUUUCUUGACAAAAACCGCAGGUAUAAAUAAGCAAUUUCCGUAUAAAAAAAAAAAAAGAAACCCCCCGCAGUCCGGACUGAUGCAGUUUUUCUGCAAUUAAAAAAAAAACCAAAAAAAGAAAAAAAGUUUUCAAUAUCGCGUUUUAGCUUUUAAUCACAUUCAAACGUCUUGUCGCGGAAAUGAUCUAUAUUAAAAGAAAAGAGUGAACAUUUUGGUCUGACCGACAUGACGUUCUGUUGGAGUCAAUUAAAUUUUAAUGAUACACAUAUAUAUAUAGUAGAAAUAAAAAAAAAAAUAAUAAUAAUAAUAAAAAGAAGAAAGAGAAUGCGCGAGCGUCGUGAAAAUGGAGAGACGCGUGACUGAAACUGAAUUGAGCGAAUGUUGAAAAAGAAAGAUGUGAACAAACUAAAAGAAAAAGAAAACAAAAAAAAAAUAAAUAAAUAAAUAAAAUAAAAGCGAGUGCCGGCCCGGCAAAAUGUUGUUUGUGCCAAAAGUUGUAGGCUAGCUCUAAUUCUAAGCGUUGGAUUUUUGUUUUUUUUUUCUCUCUCGAAAAUCCAAUAUUAUUGACGAGGCUGAAACCAAAAUACUAUUUUUUUUUCCUAAUUUUUUUUUGUGAAAGAAAUUUUUUUUUUUUAAAUGGUCUUCAGCUUCUCGACCAAAAAAAGAAAAAAAAAGCGCUGGAAGUAAAGGUAGCGAGUUGCCGGCAUGAGCGAAGGGGGCCAGUCUUUGCAUCUACGAUCUGUGUCUUUCGAAUCUCUGAGAUAUUGCUAACGCAGCGACAAUUACACUUAACAAAAAAAAAGAAAAAAGAGAGAAAGAGAGCGCAGGGAAAAUGAAAAGUCACACGGACAUUUUUACACUCACACACACGAAAAACAGAAAACUUAGUAUUAAUUUUCUUACAAAAAGUAUUUUUUUAGUUAUUGUUUUAUAAUAUCGACAAACUGUUUUCUAUUCUUCUUUUUCCUUUAAUUUUUAUUUUCUCUAUUUUCUUGUAAUUUUUUACUUCUUUUUCUUACAUAAAAUGUUCUUCAUUGCAAUUAUAUUAAAUUUUUCUUCAUUUCAAAUUAUUUCUUUAAUUUUUACUAUUAAACUUUUCCUACGCGUUUUUACUCUUUUCCAUUUUAAUUUAAUUUUUUUUUAUUUGUAAAUUAUUAGAAUUUCGAUUAGACUUUGAUUAAUACAGUUUAAAUUGUAGCUUUAAGUCUCGAGUAUUAUACUUGUAACUGCCUAGUGCUCGAAAUGACAGCCCUAUCGUCUUAAAUACAAUUACUGGUUAGCUCGUCUUUUUUUUUUUUGUCGAUGUAUAAAAUUUUUGAAAAAUAUUAUUGUAAAUAAAAUAAAAAAGAAUUGAAACGAUAUGAAAAUAAUAUCGCUCUCUCGAAUCAAAAAACGACACACACACAGAAACUCUUUUUAAUAGGAAAUGAUUCGAGAGGUUCUUUAGUUUGCUUAGAUUCCUAAGCUUUGUUUUUUUGCUUGAAAAUUUUUAAAGACUUGAAAUGGGAUAAAAAAAAAUAAUAUCAGGGAUCACAGUGGAAUUUUCGUUCAAUUUUAUGUAAACAAAAAAGGUGAUUUGGCUUGAUGAAAAAGGAAAUUUUAGAAAAAAGUAAUUUCAAUAUUGUUUGUGUAAACGAUUUAAUUUUCAAUAUUUUUGAAUUGCAUUUUGAUAAAAAAUAAAUUUUUUUAAAAUCAUUUAGGUAACAUAUCAAAAAAAAAAAAAAUUGACAAAUUGUGUGAUCCGUUUCUCUUGCCAGUCGCCGUGUCCGUUAGUGUGACGAGGCUUUUUAUCAAAUAUAUGGGAACAGGUGCCAGUCUUCUUUAAGCGAAUUAAAUGGAAACGUUAUAAGAAAUCAAUUAAAGUAGAUUCUCGAUUUUGCGAUUAGUAUUUAAUUAAAAACGAUGUGUUCGAGUGACCAGUUUGCAUUUCACUGAAAGAAAAUAAAAAAAAAAAUAAAAAAACAAAAAUAAUCGAUGGGGCAGUGGUCGCGAGCUGAAAUUGUAAUCAAAAUACUCCGAGUGAAGAGAAUUUUUAUAAAUUUUUUUACGUUUAUUUAAAUUCAAAAAAAAAAAUAAAUAAUCUCGGAGCAUUUUGUCGACAUUUCGAUGGAUUAUCAUCGCAUUAGCUGUGUUGAGGGGGGCCGAUGUGAUUGUUGGGAUAGCCAGCACUCGCUACAAGGUGUCAAAAUAAUUUCAGGCUAACGAAUUUUCAGAAGAAAAAGAAAAAAAAUUAAAAUUUUUUGGCAAAAAGAAAAAUUUUCGAAAUUCGUAGCCUGGAUUUGGCCACGUAGUAAACAAUGCUUAGCCUACAGAGCAUAUAAAAAAAAAUGAAUAUUUAUAGUUAUAUGAGAAAAAAAAAUGACACUUAUUAAAAAAGAAAUAUAAAAUAAAAUCAUUAUACACACACUAUUAUGGAAUGUAAUUAUAUUCUACUAUAUAUUUGAUAUGUCGCAUUGUAAACACGUGUGUCUGAAUUGCGCGACGGCUGCAUCCCAAUGUUCUAUAUUUUAUUAAUAAUGAAUAAGACUAGGAUUACGUGAUAAAAUAACGAGUCACAAAAAAAAAUAAUGUCUGCUUUCGCCUCACUCAAAGGAGCCUCACUUCAAUUUUAUCCGAAAUUCUAAUUUUCAAUAUGAAAAGAAUAAUUUGAAAAUUUCCAAAAAAAAUUGAAAAUCUAUUUUUAUUUAAUAGAUUAAAUUUCAUUUCGAGUUUUAUUCGUUGUAAACUUGUAAAAAAAAAAAUGGAAAUUAAAAAAUUUCGAACGAUAUUGAAGGGUGGAUUUUUUUUGAAGAAGCGAAAUAAACAUGGUUAAUUAGGACCAGUGAUUGACUCUAGCGAGAGAAACGUGCUCUGAGCGACGUGACAAGAGCACAAACAGUAACUUUCCGAAUUUACCUUUUUGAUGUUCGUGAAACAAAAAAAAAAAAAUCUGUAAUAAAAUCGGCAAAUUAUUAUAAUACACUCGAAACACACAUCGCCUAUACAAAGCUAUUAAAAAAAAAUACACUCGAAAGUUGCACACGUGAUACCAUUUUACUUGACAAAGACAAAAAAAAAAAAUUGUGUAUAAUAUUGUAAUUCGAUUAGACACAGGGUUUAACAAGGAGUGAGUUUUCAAAAAAAAAAAGAAUUUUAAUGGCGAGCAGUAUUCGUCGGGUUAUGAAAUUUAUUAUCAUGAAUGGAAUGCGUGCUUAUUAAUUGUGAGAGGCAUUUAAAUUUACUAGAUUCUGGGAAUUCGUCGUUUCCCAUCAGGAAAUAGUUUAGAGGUGUGAUCGUAAUAAAAAAAAGUAUAUAUCUGUGAGAGAAUGAAAAAGUGAGAAAAAGAAAAUGCGUGCCGGAUAAUUUCGAUCUUCUUUUUCCUUGUCUGAUCUUCCAAAUGGCUCUACACUUCGAAUUUUCUAUUUUCCGUUUCAAUAACUUUCCUCAUCGGGGAAAAUUUUAUUUUAUCUUUUUUUUAUUUUUAUUUUUCUAUUUUCCCUAUUUAGAAAAAAAAAAUUUUUUCCCCAUAGAAGAGUUUAAGGAAAAUUUUCCCCGACGAGUGAACUAUUUUCUAGAAAACGGAAAAAAAAAUUUAGAAGAGACGAAAAAAAAAAAAAAACAGUGAGAAGAUGGAGAGAAAAGAGUCUUAGCUUAGCGAUAAAUCUAACUGGCGUUUUUCAUCUUCAUAUAUAGCUUUGUUAAUUAGUAUCAGUUAAUUUUUCCACUCUUACUUCCGCGUCGGUGUUACUGUGUCGAUAUUAAGAAAAGGAUAAAGAGACAUAGAUAGUAUUAAGUAAUUUUUUUUUUAAAAAAAAGAAAAACCCCCUUUCUUAUAUAGAUAAUGUUAGAUAUAAAGAAUUAACAGAUAAACGUUUUAGAACGAUAAGCGAGAAAAAAAGAGAGUAAGCGAUAGAUAUAGAAACUCCUUUUUACUGGAAAAAAAAAAUACAAACUCUUACUAUUCAAUGUGUAUAGUCAAAAAUGACAAUCACUCUUUAUCGACAAUGACAAAAAAAAAAUUGGCUUUUCUUGCGAACUUUGUCACAAACUCUUUAUUAACUUUAUUUUUUGCUAUUUGCAUUUUUUUUCUUCUCCUGUCGCCCUUCUUGAUCUCCUACCGACUUUGGUCACAUCCGGUUUUUGAAUUUCAGAAACAAAAAAAAAAUUGAGAUUCCAAAAUCGGAGAGACUUUCUCGGUUCGCCCAUCGUUAUAAGGAAGUAAAAAUAAAAAAAAAAACAUGAACCAAUAUUGGGCCAGGAAUUGCGUUGCAAGUCACAAUCAGCUCAGCUCCGGCAAGACAAAUCAUUUUUUACGAGAAAACAAUUGUCAGAGCGAGCAUUUUAACGGUUAAGCUCCUUAUAGUUAGUUGUUUAGAGAUUAGUCGACAUUUGAGAAUUGAGAAAAAAAAAAAAAAAAAUGCGUACGCACUUUGAUCACAUGAAAAAAAAAGAAAAUAUCCUUUUUUUGGUACAACGUUUCUCAUUAUAAUGAAAAAAAAAAAAAUAGUAAAGAAAAAUAAAUAAAAAUGAGAAUGUAAUAAUGAAUGAUGUGUGCGUGUGAUUUCCUCUGGACCAAAAUGGGAUAAAUUUUUUUUUCAAAAUAAUGAGAGCCGAUUGUUAUAAUGUUCGUCACAAAAACACUGAUACACACAGAAAAAAAAACUAUACUUGCAUGAUUCAUUCAAAUUUUUUUUCACCUCUGUGUAGAGAAAUACACAAUGAACUUUGAAUUUUUAUAUAUAUAUGCGUCUUCGCCGUCUUUUUUUUCCCCUCGCACAAAACAGAUUUGGAAGAAUAAUCUUCUUCAAAAUGGAAAUUCAAUUUUCGUGAUAGAGAAUUAAUUUUCCAUAAAUAUUUUAAGAUUUAAAAAAAUAAAUUCCAUUUUUUUGAUAAAAUAAUGGAAACUCAUGUGGAAAAAAAAGAGUUUCCGUAAAUAUAUAUGUAAAAGAAAAAAAUUAUGUUAUUGGGAAAAAUUUCCAUAAAAUGGAAAAAAAUCUUUAAUUUUACGAAAACUCAAUUUCGUGAGUGAUUUUUUAUUUAUAAAUUGCAUGAUUUUUUUUUUUUUUUUUUGCCUGGAUUUGCUUUGAUUUUUUUUUAAAUGUGCGCUUUUUUGAAUGUGAUAAGAUUUGCUACCUCUUCCAAAUCUGUUGACUGUGAAUUUCUUUUUCAACGUCUUUGCCGGUAUUUUUUGUGACUGUCACCUAUCGCCUGCUAAAAUUGAUAAUUAUUAAUAACGUCCGCUAAUUAUUAUUGUUAUUAUACAAUUAUCAAUAUUAAUUUUAAUUUUUUAUCGUCCUCCUAUUAUUAUUAUUAUUAAUAUUAUUAUUAUAUUAUUAUAUUAUUAUUAUAUUAUUAAUAUUAUUAUUAUUAUUAUCAUCUGUA